GUUGUUUAUCCGCCAGUGAGCCUCCUCGUCGUUUUAGCAACGAUGGCCAGCGCUGCGGCGAAACAAGGGCCUAAAAUUGUCUCCAAAGCAUCUGCGGGAGGCGGCGGGGCGGCGGGGGGCAGUGGCGGACCCCCGAUAAUGCCCCUCGCCUCUCCGCUGAUGGGGAAAAAGAAGAAGCCGUUUCUGGGGAUGCCCGCUCCGCUCGGCUACGUCCCCGGUCUCGGCAGAGGUGCUACUGGUUUCACCACCCGAUCUGAUAUUGGUCCUGCUCGUGAUGCCAAUGAUCCAGUGGAUGAUCGACAUGCACCACCAGGAAAGAGGACAGUUGGGGACCAAAUGAAAAAGAACCAGGAUGAUGAUGAUGAAGAUCUGAACGACACCAACUACGAUGAGUUUAAUGGCUACGCAGGUAGCUUGUUCUCCAGUGGGCCCUAUGAGAAAGAUGAUGAAGAAGCUGAUGCUAUUUAUGCAGCACUGGACAAGAGGAUGGAUGAAAGACGCAAAGAAAGAAGGGAGCUGAGAGAAAAGGAAGAGAUUGAAAAAUACCGUAUGGAGCGACCCAAAAUCCAGCAGCAGUUCUCAGAUCUAAAGAGAAAACUGGCAGAGGUGUCAGAGGAGGAGUGGCUGAGCAUCCCUGAAGUGGGAGAUGCCAGGAACAAACGCCAGAGGAAUCCUCGCUAUGAGAAGCUCACCCCAGUCCCUGACAGCUUCUUCUCUAAACACCUUCAGACUGGAGAGAACCACACCACCGUCGACCCUUUGCAAGGACUGGGAGGCCUGAACACACCUUACCCAGGAAGCAUGACCCCUGGCCUGAUGACACCAGGGACAGGAGAGCUGGAUAUGAGGAAAAUUGGCCAGGCCAGGAACACACUCAUGGAUAUGAGGCUCAGCCAGGUGUCUGACUCAGUGAGCGGACAGACAGUUGUGGAUCCCAAGGGUUAUUUGACAGACCUCAACUCCAUGAUUCCCACUCAUGGAGGAGACAUCAGUGACAUCAAAAAGGCUCGUCUGCUGCUGAAAUCGGUGAGGGAGACCAAUCCCCAUCACCCGCCUGCUUGGAUCGCCUCUGCUAGGCUGGAGGAGGUCACUGGCAAACUGCAGGUGGCCAGGAACCUGAUCAUGAAGGGCACAGAGAUGUGUCCUAAGAGUGAGGAUGUGUGGCUCGAGGCAGCCAGGCUCCAACCUGGUGACACUGCUAAAGCCGUGGUAGCUCAGGCCGUUCGUCACCUGCCACAGUCUGUCCGCAUUUACAUCAGAGCUGCAGAGCUGGAGACGGAUGUCAGAGCAAAGAAACGAGUCCUCAGGAAGGCCCUGGAAAAUGUAUCCAAGUCAGUUCGACUGUGGAAGACAGCUGUUGAGCUGGAGGAACCAGAGGAUGCCAGGAUCAUGCUGAGCAGAGCUGUGGAGUGUUGUCCUACAAGUGUGGAGCUGUGGCUGGCACUGGCUCGGCUAGAAACAUACGAGAACGCCCGUCGUGUCCUGAACAAAGCUCGAGAGAACAUUCCCACCGAUCGUCACAUCUGGAUCACUGCUGCCAAGUUGGAGGAAGCCAAUGGCAACACUCAGAUGGUGGACAAGAUCAUUGACAGAGCCAUCACUUCUCUACGUGCCAACGGUGUGGAAAUCAACAGAGAACAGUGGAUACAGGAUGCAGAAGAGUGUGACAAAGCAGGCAGUGUGGCAACUUGCCAGGCCGUGAUAAGAGCCGUCAUAGGAAUUGGCAUUGAGGAGGAGGACCGCAAACACACCUGGAUGGAGGACUCAGACAGUUGUGUCGCCCAUGGAGCGCUGGAGUGUGCCAGGGCCAUCUAUGCCCAUGCUCUGCAGGUCUUCCCCAGCAAAAAAAGUGUCUGGCUCAGAGCUGCCUACUUUGAGAAGAACCAUGGCACCAGAGAGUCUUUGGAAGCCCUGCUCCAGAGGGCUGUGGCUCACUGUCCCAAAGCAGAGGUUCUGUGGCUAAUGGGUGCCAAGUCCAAGUGGCUGGCUGAGGAUGUGCCAGCAGCUAGAAGUAUCCUCGCUCUGGCCUUCCAGGCUAACCCCAACAGUGAAGAGAUCUGGCUUGCUGCUGUCAAACUGGAGUCUGAGAACAAUGAGUAUGAAAGGGCCCGUCGACUGCUGGCCAAAGCCCGCAGCAGCGCACCGACAGCCAGGGUAUUUAUGAAGUCAGUAAAGCUGGAGUGGGUGUUGGGAAACAUAGAAGCUGCCCAAGAAUUGUGCACCGAGGCCCUGAAACACUACGAAGACUUCCCCAAGCUUUGGAUGAUGCGAGGCCAGAUUGAGGAGCAGUGUGAAAAUAUGGACAAGGCCAGAGAAGCCUAUAACCAAGGGUUGAAAAAGUGUCCCCACUCGGUGGCUCUGUGGUUACUGCUGUCUCAUCUUGAAGAGAGAGUGGGACAGCUGACCAGAGCCAGAGCAAUCCUGGAGAAGGCACGACUCAAAAACCCCCAGAGCCCUGAGCUAUGGUUGGAAUCAGUGAGACUGGAGUUUCGAGCUGGACUGAAGAACAUAGCCAACACAUUAAUGGCCAAAGCCCUGCAAGAGUGCCCAAAUUCAGGUAUCCUGUGGGCUGAGGCAGUGUUCUUGGAGGCCAGGCCUCAGAGGAAGACCAAGAGUGUGGAUGCUUUGAAGAAGUGUGAACAUGAUCCCCAUGUUUUGCUUGCUGUAGCCAAGUUGUUCUGGAGUGAGCGGAAAAUCACCAAAGCCAGAGAGUGGUUCCUUCGGACAGUAAAGAUUGAGCCAGACCUGGGAGACGCUUGGGCUCUUUUCUACAAGUUUGAGCUGCAGCACGGCACGGAAGAGCAGCAGGAAGAGGUGCGAAAACGCUGCGAGAACGCCGAGCCUCGCCAUGGAGAGCUGUGGUGUGCCGAGUCCAAACACGUCUUGAACUGGCAGAAGAAAACAGGAGAGAUCUUAGCGCAAGUAGCCAGCAAGAUUAAGAACACAUUCUGAGACUGAGGAAGUUUGGACUGAAAACACCUGGAGGACUCUGGCAGCCACCAGUCUAGCAGGGAAACAGCCUUGGACACACUUUUUCUCUACCAGGACUUGCCCAUCAUUGGUCAAAGUAUUCACAAAAACCCCUUACCAAUUUCAUGUUUUAUUAUUUUACAAAUGUAGUUAAUUCCUCAUACUUGGUGAUUUAGUGUCAAAGUGAAAACAGAUCUCUGCAGAUUUUAAAUGUGGUGCUCAAAAAACUCCACGUCUAGUGACUAUACAGUAACGACACCUUUGGCAGCAAUUAUAAGCCAGAGUUUUAUGGACAUCUUAUUUUAUGGUCUCUGGUUGCACAGGGGGACCGUCAGUGAACUGCAGUUUUCAAGUCUUCAGAUGAAUCGAGGUCCGGCUGAACCACUUCAAGCCCUUUCUCUGUAAACUUAGUUUUAAUCGUGUUGUAAAGUAAACCUCAUCCCAACUCAGGUUCUAAGAUGUCCUUUUGGAUUUCAUUGUAUUGUUUUUCUGCCACCAUUUAGCCAGUCUAAUGCUGCCGUCAUCAUACUUUAUGUUGGAGAUGGGGUGUUUCUGGUAAUGGGGCUUGUUUACCUUGUUGCCCAAAUAUGUAGUUUAGUGUGAUAAUCUCCUACUUUGUUUCAGUCUCCUACUUGCCCUCUGGCAAACGUUGCAUUGUUUCUUUUUGCAACUCUGCCAUAAAGCCGCGCCUGAUUAAAUUACCAAAGCAGCCAUUGUUUUGUGCACAAUCCUGCUCGGAAUCGUUCAAGGAAAAAAAAAAAAAACAGACCUAUUGUUGUGAAGUGCUGGCUUUGUUCAUUAACUCCUGUAUGAACUUUCUAGUACAUUUAUUACUGUUGAUUACAUCAUAGACUGUUUUCCAGACUGUGUAUCUCUGUCUUUACUUUGGAUGUAUGCACAGUGUCCCCCAUCUUCACCAUGAAACUCUGUAGCUCCUCCAAAGUUAUGCUCUGUACCAGACCCCUCAAUAUUUGAGGAGCCUUUUUUUUUUUAGCAUCUUCUGAAUUUCCAUGUGCAGUAUCACAAAUGUGUUUAGAAGGUUUCUUUGAGUGCAGAAGUUAGCAUCCAGAUGUAUGUAACUGAAGCUCACUAGCUAUCUUACAUGUGGGUGUUCUGUUUGUCAGGCAGCAGCAGAUACGACGUGGAAUCCCCAGUAGCUUAUAAACGCAGUCGCUGGUCAUGUAGAUGCUGUGGUAACAUGGUUGUGAAUGGGAAUAAAAUAUUAAGAAGGGCAACGUUGUGCAGCUGUUGUUUUGACGAGCUGUUGGUGUUUUGUUUACUCGCCGCAAGCUGUUGAUUCAGGCUGUCCUCGGUGGGCUGUGGCGGUAUUGAGCGCUGAAUUAUGAGAAUUAUUUUUAAUAUAAUGCAUCAUCAUGAUUAGGAGCUUUGGCAUACAAUCGAUUUCCAUGUGAAGUGAAUCCUGAUCAUUUUAAUUCAGUGUGUUACAGAAAAGGAGUUAAAAGCAUCAAAAUUUCUGUAGUUCUCACUUUGACAUUUUUUUUCCCUGCCUAUAAAGGAAAGAAUAUUUUGAACAGACAUUGUAAGAGAGGAAUAUACAAAACACACCCUGGUUUGUUCCACCUUGAGGCAUCUAGUGAUCAGUUGUUUUCGUCUGUGGUUGCGCUCGCUGAAAACAUCACAUUUUGAAGGAGUUUUGUUUUUGUGUGUUUCCCCUAUGGAUAUGUUAGAAGUCCAGAUUUCGCUACGUCUGCUCAACAAGAUGUGACAGUGUAUAUAAACCCUUUGUCGGGUGCUAUUACAUGAGUUCUCAUGUUGUAGUGAUGAUUUCACCCGUUUUCUUUUUUACUAGCUUGCUUGAAAUGUGUUUAAAAUACUUUGCAGGCAUCCAAUAAACAAAUAAUAAAAUGUGUUGCACCACUCCCUGUUUUUCCCAAA